AUGGAUUGGGAUCGCCUCGCUGAAGUGAAAUCUCAGGAAUUCUUCAUCGGCUGGCUACAGAUUCUGUCGCGAGAAUCGCCUGCCUUGCCAUUAAAGCUCGCUGGUCGGCACCGCUCCGACUCUCGCCCGUUGAAGCCUCAGGUUUCAUUACCGGAGCUUACAACAUAUGUUCCAUCGUCACAUUUGAAGACGGAUUCCGCGUGGUCAAGCCGGUUUCGCACCGAAAAAUCUAGAGAUGAAAUUGCUGUAUUGCAGUUCCUCAAACAACGGACACGAUUGCCCGUCCCGGUCGUCCUUGGUGGUGGGCGCUGGGGGUUGGGCCCUUACAUUGUUACAACUUUCCUCGAGGGAACCCUGCUGUCCAAACGGCUCCGAGAUCCUACAAAAGAAUCACUCAGUUUGGAUUCGAACCUAUCAGGCUCCCACCUGCAAAAGGUUUAUCAUGGAAUGGCUCGUAUCCUGCUGGAGCUUGCAAAGCCGACGUUUCCAGCCAUUGGGGGCUUGGAACUAGAUUCAGGAACUUGGAAAGUCAGCAAAAGACCGCUAACACUCAACAUGAACGAACUCGUACGUGUUGGAAAUCUUCCUCCGAGUAUAUUCGCUAAAAAUACAUUUCAAACUGCAUCUGAAUAUUUUCAGGAACUCGCCACACAGCAGUUUCUUCACCUCCACCAUCAGCGUAAUGAUGCAGUAGAAGAUGGACAUGACUGCCGCAAAAAAUAUAUAGCCCGGUGUCUCUUCCGCAGGAUUGCACGGGAGAUUCAGACAGAGGCUGGCCCCUUCCAUCUUUAUUGUGACGAUCUUCGCCCUUCAAAUGUACUUACUUGCGACCCAGAUUUCAUGAUUACUGGUGUCAUUGACUGGGAGUUCACUUAUGUCGCCCCAGCUGAAUUCACCUACACCGCUCCAUGGUGGCUGCUUCUCGAAAGCCCUGAGGCUUGGGAAUCAGACUUGAAUGCCUUCCUAGCCCGUUACAAACCGCAUCUCAAACUCUUCCUCAAGGUGCUCCGAGAUUGUGAGGGCCAGCAAAUACGGAAAGGCUCCAUCAUGGAGUCUCAACACCUAUCAGAUCGAAUGGCGCAAUCAAUUGAAAAUGGACUUUUUGGUUCUGCCUUGCGGCGAGGAAAAGCUUCAUGUUUGACGACAUUUACUGGACAUUUCUUGACAAGAAGCAUUUUGGCCCUCUGCGCUGCUUGGAUGAUAGAAUCUCUCUUCUGACUCAGCAGGAGCGCAGUGAACUGGAUGGAUUCGUCCAGAGGAAAAUGCAGCAAGCUGCAGAAAAGGGUUUGGAUGAACACUUGACAUAUGAUGAAUUCGUUGAUCUUUAAUGAGAGUAUUUGGACAUUCUAGAUCAUGAACACUUU